AAACUUAUAAUAAUAUCAAUAAUAAUAAUAAUUUUGUUGAUUAAUUUAUCCAAAGCAAUCAGAUCAGAUCUUUGGUGUCGGAUCGAAGACUGAAACAGAAACAUUCAAUCUAGGGUUUCGGUUUAAGAAUCAGUGGUUUCUCUCGAAAUCAAAAUUAAAUGGAUUCUUUCGAGAGUACUAAUUGGGAUCUAAUCGAUUACAGCAGUCUCAUCAACGAUGUCGCAUCCACCGAUCUUUAUUGGGGUGACCAGAGCGCUGCAAUCCCCGUUGAUGCUCCACUUGCUAGCCUUGCACCAUUAGAUGAGUGUGCUGAAAAAGAAUGCACAAAAAAGAGGGGAAGAAGUAAUUCGUGCAGCAGGGCAGAGAAUAAAGCAUGCCGUGAGAGGCAAAGGAGGGAGAAAUUGAAUGACAGGUUUUUAGAAUUGAGCUCUACUUUAGAACCUGGGAGACCUGUCACCAAUGAUAAGUUAGCAAUACUUGGAGAUGCAAUCCGAGUUCUGAAUCAGCUAAAAUCUGAAUCUCAGGAAUGCAAAGAGAUGAAUGAGAAAUUAUUGGAAGAGAUUAAGACAUUAAAGGCAGAAAAGAAUGAACUUCGUGAAGAGAAACUUGUUUUAAAGGCAGAAAAAGCAAAAAUGGAACAACAGGUCAAAGCGUUGACCAAUCAUACACCUCAUGGAUUCAUGACACCUCAUCCAGCAAACAAGAUGCCUGUUUUUCCAGGCUAUGGUUACAUUCCAAUGUGGCAAUAUUUACCACAAUCUGCACAAGAUACAUCUCAUGAUCAUGAGCUCAGGCCACCUGCUGCUUAAUUGGUAACACUGACUGGACUGAACUGGAUUGGACUGGAUAAAGGUAUUUCAGAUGAUGAGGAUGAGAAGGGCAUUUACGUCUUUUGCACAAGUGAAAGAUCGAGAAUGAAACCGUGUCUCGUCUUCUUAAAAGAAUUGCAAAUUUUGGGUUGAAAAAUUGUUGUCUUAUUGUACUUUGUAAAUACUAGUGCUUGAUUGCAGAUUGCAUUUUCUUCUUAUUGAUUUUCUAGAGACAAGUAGGGUUUAAUGUAGGAGGAAUUUAUUUAUAUUGGAU